AUGACUGCUUCAGAAGAAUACCUGGAGAACUUAAAACCGUUCCAAGUCGGUCUCCCUCCACAUGAUCCUGAAUCGAAUAAAAAGCGCUACUUACUGAAGGAUUCUAAUGGUAAAAAAUUUGAUCUAGAAGGCACAACAAAAAGAUUCGAACACCUGCUAUCCUUAAGUGGUUUAUUCAAACAUUUUAUUGAAAGUAAAGCCGCUAAAGAUCCUAAAUUCAGGCAGGUCUUAGAUGUAUUAGAGGAAAAUAAAGCAAAUGGUAAAGGCAAAGGCAAACACCACGAUGUUCGUAGACGAAAGACUGAACAUGAAGAAGAUGCGGAAUUGCUGAAAGAAGAAGAUUCAGAUGAUGAUGAGAGCAUUGAAUUCCAAUUUAGAGAUUCCCCUGCUUACGUGAAUGGCCAAUUGAGACCUUAUCAGAUCCAAGGUGUCAACUGGUUGGUGUCUUUGCAUAAAAACAAAAUAGCGGGUAUCCUCGCCGAUGAAAUGGGUCUAGGUAAGACUCUGCAAACUAUUUCAUUUUUGGGAUAUCUUAGAUACAUCGAGAAAAUUCCAGGUCCGUUCUUGGUUAUUGCGCCUAAAUCUACUUUAAAUAAUUGGCUGAGAGAAAUCAAUAGAUGGACCCCAGACGUAAGCGCUUUUAUUUUACAGGGUGACAAAGAAGAAAGAGCUGAUCUAAUUCAAAAAAAACUUUUAGCUUGUGACUUCGAUGUCGUCAUUGCUUCUUAUGAAAUUAUUAUAAGAGAAAAGUCGCCUCUCAAGAAGAUUGACUGGGAGUAUAUUAUUAUUGAUGAGGCUCACAGAAUUAAGAAUGAAGAGUCAAUGCUUUCGCAAGUUUUAAGGGAAUUUACUUCACGUAAUAGGCUGUUGAUUACUGGUACUCCUUUGCAAAACAAUUUGCACGAACUGUGGGCGCUACUAAAUUUUUUGCUACCAGAUAUUUUUUCAGAUGCACAAGAUUUUGAUGAUUGGUUCUCUUCCGAAAGCGCAGAGGAAGAUCAGGAUAAAAUUGUUAGACAGCUACACACUGUUUUACAGCCGUUUCUACUGCGUCGUAUUAAAAGCGAUGUGGAAACAUCCUUACUGCCCAAGAAGGAACUGAAUUUAUAUGUCGGUAUGUCCAAUAUGCAGAAAAAGUGGUACAAAAAGAUUUUAGAAAAGGAUUUGGACGCUGUCAACGGAUCCAAUGGCAGCAAGGAAUCCAAAACAAGACUGUUGAAUAUUAUGAUGCAACUUAGAAAAUGUUGUAACCAUCCAUAUCUAUUUGAUGGUGCUGAGCCAGGUCCACCUUAUACUACGGAUGAGCACUUGGUUUACAACGCUGCCAAACUUCAAGUUUUGGAUAAAUUACUGAAGAAGUUAAAGGAAGAAGGAUCUAGAGUUCUGAUCUUCAGUCAAAUGUCAAGGUUAUUGGAUAUUCUCGAGGAUUACUGCUACUUUAGAAAUUAUGAAUAUUGCAGGAUUGACGGGUCUACCGCUCACGAAGAUAGAAUCCAAGCCAUUGAUGAUUAUAACGCCCCCGAUUCGAAGAAGUUUGUUUUCUUGUUGACGACACGUGCUGGUGGGUUGGGUAUUAAUUUAACAUCAGCAGACGUUGUUGUUUUGUAUGAUUCUGAUUGGAACCCACAGGCAGAUCUACAAGCAAUGGAUAGAGCUCAUCGUAUUGGUCAGAAGAAGCAGGUCAAGGUGUUCCGUUUGGUCACAGACAACUCCGUGGAAGAGAAAAUUUUAGAGAGGGCUACCCAGAAGUUAAGAUUAGAUCAACUAGUUAUCCAACAAAAUAGGACCUCUUCAAAAAAGAAGGAGAAUAAAGCAGACUCGAAAGAUGCUUUAUUAUCCAUGAUUCAACAUGGUGCCGCUGAUGUAUUCAAAAGUGGUACAUCUACCGGUUCAGCUGGUACACCUGAACCAGGUUCGGGAGAAAAAAGAGAUGAUAUUGAUUUGGACGAACUUUUGCUGAAAUCUGAAAACAAAACGAAGUCAUUGAAUGCUAAAUAUGAAACUUUAGGCCUCGAUGAUCUACAAAAAUUUAACCAAGAUUCGGCCUAUGAAUGGAAUGGUCAGGAUUUCAAGAAGAAAACACAAAAGGAUAUUAUAAGUCCGCUACUACUCAACCCCACCAAACGUGAACGUAAGGAAAAUUAUUCUAUUGAUAAUUAUUAUAAAGAUGUUUUGAAUACCGGAAGAUCGUCGACACCAUCACAUCCCAGAAUGCCUAAGCCCCAUGUCUUCCACUCUCAUCAAUUACAACCUCCCCAGUUGAAAGUUCUAUACGAAAAGGAAAGAAUGUGGACGGCGAAGAAGACUGGUUAUGUACCGACCAUGGAUGAUGUAAAAGCAGCAUAUGGUGACAUUUCUGAUGAAGAAGAAAAGAAGCAAAAAUUGGAAUUGCUAAAGUUAUCGGUUAGCAACUCUCAACCAUUAACUGAAGAGGAAGAAAAGAUGAAGGCUGAUUGGGAGGCCGAAGGAUUUACGAAUUGGAAUAAACUUGAAUUUAGAAAAUUCAUCACAGUAUCUGGUAAAUAUGGCAGGAACUCCAUUCAAGCCAUCGCAAGAGAAUUGGCCCCCGGUAAAACAUUGGAGGAAGUACGUGCAUACGCUAAAGCCUUCUGGUCUAACAUUGAAAGAAUUGAAGAUUAUGAGAAAUUCCUGAAAAUAAUUGAGAAUGAAGAAGAGAAGAUCAAGCGUGUCAAAAUGCAACAAGAGGCUUUACGCCGAAAGUUAUCUGAAUAUAAAAAUCCAUUUUUCGACCUGAAAUUGAAACACCCUCCUUCUUCCAACAAUAAAAGGACAUACUCUGAAGAAGAAGAUCGUUUUAUUCUUCUCAUGUUAUUUAAAUACGGCUUGGAUAGAGAUGACGUAUACGAAUUAGUUCGCGACGAAAUCAGGGAUUGUCCUCUGUUCGAAUUAGACUUUUACUUCAGAAGUAGGACGCCUGUAGAAUUAGCCAGAAGAGGAAACACAUUACUGCAAUGUCUGGAAAAGGAAUUCAACACAGGAGUUGUAUUGGAUGAUGCCACUAAGGACAGAAUGAAGAAGGAAGAUGAAAAUGGUAAGAGGAUAAGGGAAGAAUUUGCAGACGAGACCGCUAAUGAAAAGGAAAAUGCUAACGGGUUAGAAAGUAAAAAAGCGAAGAUCGAAGAUACAUCGGAUAUUGGAACUGAGCAGUUGGUAGUAAAGAAAAUUCCAGAAAACGAGAACACUAUUUAG